GAUUGUAUGUUAUGAAAUGGCGUGUAUUUCCAAGAUUUUGGACAGCAGCUCCAAAACUUCCCAUCCAAUCUCCCACCUCCGACGGUCAAACUGCAUCACCUCUACCUACCCCUCGCGACCUUCAUCCAUAGGGCAAAUAAUUUCCCAAUGCUUUCCUUAAGGCAGGCACCAAUGCGGGUGGCACCGUAUAUUGCCUUUCCGAUCCCGCUACCGCUUUUGCAGCGGUCGAUAGCCCCCGGCGCCCUACUUUCAAUCCGCAAUGCCUCUACAGCAGUCGAGAAACAUGAAUAUCGGCUUAUGCCAUCGGGAAAACCGCGAAUAGAAGUACCUUUGCCCAGUCAGGAAAAGAAGGUUGGGGCUAUGCAAUUUGCGCUGACAACACUUGACCAAGUCACAAACUGGGCAAGACAGAGCUCCUUGUGGCCCAUGACAUUCGGGUUAGCCUGCUGUGCCGUGGAGAUGAUGCAUUUGUCGACUCCCCGCUACGAUCAGGACCGCCUGGGUAUUAUUUUUAGAGCGUCUCCGCGACAAUCGGACGUGAUGAUCGUUGCCGGAACGUUGACCAACAAAAUGGCACCCGCAUUAAGACAGGUUUAUGACCAAAUGCCUGAUCCUCGGUGGGUUAUCAGCAUGGGAAGCUGUGCCAAUGGCGGUGGCUACUACCAUUAUAGCUACUCGGUCACAAGAGGCUGUGAUAGGAUAGUACCAGUGGACAUCUAUGUUCCCGGAUGCCCUCCAACCUCAGAAGCCCUUAUGUAUGGUAUUUUCCAGCUGCAGAAGAAGAUGCGGCACACUAGGAUUACUCGGAUGUGGUACCGAAAGUAAAUAGCAUACUUCGCGAAUAUCAAAGAAUAAGCAGAAGGAGCCAAUGCCUCUUUAUCUUUUUUUUUUUUUUUU